AUGCUAUCACAUCAUGAUCCAACAGAUGAGUUGUCAGAGCACAUUCAGGAACAAUGUUCUUAUACAAGCCAUGAGCCUAACAAUACAGAUGAGUUGAUCCAAGAUGGGUAUUUGGCAUUGACGGCUCAUUUCGUGGAUGAAGAUUGGAUUUUACAAAAGAGGGUUCUAAAUUUUCACCACAUGCCACCACCACAUGGUGGUCCAAUAUUAGCUGAAAAAGUCAUAGAUUUAUUGAGAGAUUGGGCUGUUGAAAAAAAAGUUUUUACUAUCACAUUGGAUAACGCAUCUUACAAUGAUGAUGGUGUCAAAGUUAUUUCCAAACCAGUCUCAAAGAUCCAAGAGUGUGUGAAAUAUAUCAGAGCUAGUGAAUCAAGAAAGUUGAAAUUUGCAGAGUGUAUUGUUCAAGUUUCUUUGCCAUGCAAUAAGAGGGUGCAUCAAGAUGUCCCAACCAGAUGGAACUCUACAUUUGUGAUGCUGGAUAGUGCACUUGAAUAUAAGCUUGCCUUUCAUCAGUUGCACGUAGUUGAUCGCAACUUCAGCAGAUUUUACCCAACUGAAGAAGAAUGGCUUAAGGUGCAGAAAUUUACAACACUGUUGAGGCCUUUUUAUGACCUGACCACCCUUUUUUUGGGGACUAACUAUCCAACUACAAAUUUGUAUUUUCAUGGUGUCUGGAAAAUUCAAAAAGUUAUCACGGAAGAGGUCAAUAAUUUAGACAUUGAAGUGAGUGAAAUGGCCAAGCAAAUGAAACUGAAAUUUGAGAAGUAUUGGGAAUGUUAUAGCUUGGUUUUAAGUUUUGCUAUCAUUUUGGAUCCGCGCUUUAAAAUGGAUUAUGUGGUGUAUGCUUUUAAGAAGCUAUAUCCUUUUGAUUAUGAAGAACGUGCUAAGGAAGUUCGGGAUAAUUUUUAUUUACUAUUUGAGGAGUACGAGAAUACUUUUGAUGGUGAUUUGCUAGAUGGAUCAAUAGCAGGCUGCUCUGGUGGUGAUUUGGGCAAUAACAAUGAUGAUUUUGCUGAAUUUGAGAGUCAACAACAUGCAAACAAGAGGAAUAAGUCACAAGUAGACUCUUAUUUGGAUGAUACUCGACUCCUUUCAACUCAAGAAUUGGAUGUUCUCAAUUUUUGGAAAGAAAACAAAAAUCGAUACCCUAUUCUUUCUUUGAUGGCAUGGGAUAUUUUAAAUAUUCCUAUCACUACAGUGGCCUCGGAAUCAGCUUUCAGUAUUGGUGGUAGAAUUGUGGGUAAAUAUCAUACUUCGCUUCUACCAGAAAAUGUGGAGGUCUUGUUAUGUACUAGAGACAGGUUAUAUGGAGUAACAGCUUCUGAAGAUGAAGAAGAUAAAGAAAGACUGAGUAUUGACUUUGCACCCUUAGUUGCUAAACUUACUAACCUUCAUGUUUAG